AUGGCGAAGACCAUCACGGAAGAACGGCACUUAUUGCAGUUUCACUUUACAGAAUGGCACAGUCAUAACUGCCCCUUUCCAAAUUCCAUACUAGAAUUUCGAAGAAGGGUGAGGGCUGUGGUUGGUCACAGAAUAAAAUCGAAUGAAGCCGGCCCUAUGGUCAUACACUGCAAUGACGGUGGCGGCCGAUCUGGAGUUUAUCUCGCUAUUGACGCCAACAUGGAAUUAGGUGAGGAGGAAGAUACGUUUGAUGUUUUCGGUUACUUAAAAAAGUUACGUCAAUCGCGAAGAGGAUUAGUUGAUAAUGUCGACCAAUACAAAUUUAUCUACGAUACAUUGGAGGAAUUUAUUAUUUGUGGUAAUUCGUGGUUCCCCGUCAAUGAAUUGUCGCAACGGCUAAAACAGAAAUCUUUAAAAAAUCCAGUAUCUAAAAUGAACGAGUACCAAAGGGAAUACUUGCUCAUUUGCAAGCAAACACCGCGAUUUUCCAUUGGCGAUUGCGCUGGAGGACACCGAGGAGACAACAGAAAAAAGAAUAGAGACGUACUGAUUGUUCCCCCUGAUAAUUUCCGUCCUUACCUGACGUCAUUUCAAGGAAACAGUUUUACAGACUACAUCAAUGCAGUUUUUGUUGACGGCUACACCAAACCGAGGGAAUACAUUGUCACCGAGUGGCCAGUAAAAACAACAUUAGGAGAAUUUUGGUCACUAGUAUACGAUUACGAAUGUGCCGCGGUUGUGGUUUUAUGUUUACCUCCCCACAGUUCGCAAACGUAUCCGUCGUUUUGGCCUGAAGGGAGAGCGUCGAAAAAAUAUGGACCAGUUUUUACUAUCGAUCACAUUUCGCACAAUCACUAUACCAACAUUAAGACGUGGGUUUUUAGAAUCAAUAAGAAAAUUGUAUCGUUAACUGAAUUAAUGGCGGGGGUUAAAGCGCCUCCAAGGACAGUCCAGCUGUUUCAACUUACGUGCUGGCCGAUGGGUCACAAAGUGCCAACCUCUACAAACUCUUUAGUCGAGUUAAUGAAUAUGGUGGAGCGAUGGAGACAACGCACGGAUUAUGGUCCAGUGUGUGUAGUUUCCCCGGAUGGACGAAGUCGAUGUGGUGUAUACUGUGCCGCCAAUGCAUGCAUAGAGCAAGUAAUACAACAUGGAGAGGUAGAUAUUUUUCAAGCCGUCAGGACAGUUCGAAGACAUCGUCCGCAGUUGGUGGAAGCUAUAACUGAAUAUAAAUAUUGUUAUGAUCUCGUCCUGCAUUACGUCCUUCAUUAUUUAAAUAAAGAUUUAAAAGAAAAAAUGAUGCACAAAUGAUAAAAGUGUUGUAGACAUAUUUUGUAUUAACUUUUACUCCAGCACCAAUUAAACAAUCAUACAUUUAAAACUACCACUAAGGCAGAAAGUUUUGUUUAAAUGUUAGCCAAGCUAAAUAUAAAAAUUGAUAAGAUACCUAUUUUUGCUGUUCAUAUUUUUAUUGUAUAGAUUUAAAUUAAUAGUUAAUUAAGCGCGCAAUUCUUUAAUAAGUAGGUACUUAGGUAAAUAACCAAUGUGAUUUAGUACUUCUGUAGAAAUAAAGUAUUUUACUUA